AUGACUAUUUUAGAUGAAUCAGUUAGUACUUUUUUUCCAACAGACAUAUUACAUAGUUCAAAUAAAUUAUUUACACCUCAACAAAUAAAAUGUAUAGAAGUAAAUAAAUUAAAUGCUAAAAAAAAUUUAGAACGACAAAAACAAAUUGAAGGGAUUUCUUCAGAAGGUGUAAGAAAUCAAAAUGAAUUUUCAUUUUCGAAAAUGUUAGAGAAUUAUAUAGAAUAUGAUUUAACAAAAAUAAAAGAUUAUAAAGGAGGGUAUAUUGUUGAGGAAAAAUCUUCUAAUGAAGCUCAAAAUUCCAAGUUUAAUCAUGCUAUAAGACAUAAUAUUAUAUUUGAUCCACCUAUUAGCCUUGAUCCAUCUGAAAAUAUUAAGUGUGACGAGUGUGGAAGUGUUGAAUUAGAUUUUCAGCUUUUAAGAGUUUUUAAUGCGAGAGUAUGUUUUAAAUGUAAAAAGGCUUUACCGGAUAAGUAUAGCCUUUUAACAAAGACUGAAUGUAAAAAUGAUUACCUUCUUACAGAUUCUGAACUUCGUGAUAUAGAAAUACUUCCUCAUAUGAAGAAAACCAAUCCUAGGAAACCUGAAUGGGGUCCAAUGAUGCUUUUUUUACGAUACCAAAUAGAAGAAUUUGCAUGGAAAAAAUGGGGAGGACCUGAAAAAUUAGAUAUAGAAUGGGAGCGAAGAGUUAAAGAAAAAAAAAUGAAAAAAGCUUUAAAAUUGCAAAAAAAAAUAGAAGAUCUUAGGAAACGUACCAGAACCAGUCAAUAUAUUGAAAAAAUUAAAGGUAAACAGGAAAAGCAUAUACAUAAUUUUUCAUUACCUGUUACGAAUUCUAUGGGAUUAACGAUAAAGAAAUGCUCUUGUGGGUUUGAAAUAGAAGAAAUAUUUAUGUAA